AUCGAAAACCUGAGAUUGCCAUUGCUUUCUUUGGAUAUUGACAGAACAAUUGGCUCAUUCUUCGACUUGGAAUUUGCAGAGGAAAACAAUGAGUCCCUUAUGCGUAUUGUAUUCCGACAUCAGUUUCAACGAACACAUAUGCAUUGGCGAGAGGACCCUGCUUACUCGCACUGCUACGAGGAUAAAAUCGAGCUUUUCCUUACCUACGCAUUUAGUAGCAACGAGACGACAGCACUUUUUCGCUUGAACGAGGGGUUUGAAAGACUGGACAUGCGCAAGGACAUGAGCAAAUGCUUCGACGAAAUCAGCAGAAUUACUUGCAAGGUUGCUCACCCGCUGACUCUACCUUACAUCAUGAUUCGCAGUGUUAGACUUCGAUUGAACCAAAGACACCUCGAUGCUGCAUCGAUGGCUGAACAAAUGGAACUCAUCCUCGCGUGUAACACGAGUGAAGUCAAGCAUGAUGUUAGGAGGAUAUAUACAGACACGUCGGAUUCAUGGAACUUUCGGCCUAUCGGGAGGCACUGGGCGGACAAUCGCCGAAGUAUGAUAUCAGUGUUGAGCUCUGCAGCAGCACUAUGUGAGGCCAUCGAUGAACUUCGAGAAGCAAUGGCUUCUUUCUGGUCGAGACUCUCUGAUGAAGAAGAGUCAUCGGAGAUGACUGCCAUUCACACCCAAUUAGCCAGGGGUUUGAAGGAAGAGCGGGCUCAGUUAGACAGCAUUGUGGGCUUUACUCGUCAGUUAGAGCAGCGCAUGCAUGCUUUGGAAAGCUCGAUUAAUAUUAUGGCCCUGGAGCACUCUCAGAGGAACAGCCAGUUGAACACGGCUAUCGCGCAGUGGCAAAUUGACCUAAGCACAACGACUACUCGAGAUGCCAAAACAAUGAAGGGUCUGGCAUUCAUGGGCGCCCUAUUCCUUCCCGGGACCUUCAUAUCGACGAUCUUGAGUAUGCCGUUCUUUGAGUUCAAGAUUGAUAAACUAUGGAUCUACUUCGCUGCAGCCGUCCCACUUACCGCUUUCACCAUUGCCGCUUGGGUGAUAUAUGAAAGAUCGCAACAGCGCAUAACACGCACUGAGCACGGGGUCAUGAGGAAAGUCGUCGAAAGGCUACAAGCGAAGGUACAUAAAGCAUCAAAGAUCCAGGUAUCCUUUUCAUUAUCAUAG